AUGCACAGGCUGGUAGCACUGGAAAUAGAUGGAGACAUUGAGAUUCCACCCAACAAAGCCACAGUCCUUUGGGGCCAUGAGUCUGAGGUGUUCAUUUGUGCCUGGAACCCUGUCAGUGAUCUCCUAGCUUCCAGAUCUGGAGAUUCAACUGCAAGGAUAUGGAACCUUAAUGAAAACAGCAAGGGGUCCACACAGCUCGUGUUGAGGCACUGUAUACGAGAAGGAGGCCACGAGGUCCCGAGUAACAAAGACGUGACCUCGCUGGACUGGAACAGCGACGGGACACUGUUGGCCACAGGCUCGUAUGAUGGUUUUGCAAGAAUAUGGACGGAAGAUGGUAACCUGGCCAGCACCUUAGGCCAACAUAAAGGCCCCAUCUUCACCUUGAAAUGGAACAAAAAGGGGAAUUACAUUCUGAGUGCAGGUGUGGAUAAAACAACAAUAAUUUGGGACGCCCACACAGGGGAAGCCAAACAGCAGUUUCCGUUUCAUUCUGCCCCUGCUCUCGAUGUAGACUGGCAGAACAAUACCACCUUUGCCUCCUGUAGCACAGACAUUUGUAUCCACGUCUGCAGACUCGGCUAUGACCACCUGGUCAAAACCUUCCAAGGACACAUAAAUGAAGUCAAUGCCAUUAAGUGGGAUCCUUCUGGAAUGUUGCUAGCAUCCUGCUCCGAUGACAUGACAUUAAAGAUCUGGAGUAUGAAGCAAGAUAUGGGUGUCCAUGACCUUCAGGCUCACAGCAAAGAGAUAUACACCAUCAAGUGGAGUCCCACCAGGCCAGCCACCAGCAACCCCAAUUGCAACUUAUGCUAG